CGUUACAAUUACAAUCGACCAACCUCGACGACACAUCAAUCGUUUCGCGAAAUUUUCGUUCUUUCCUUUCCUUUGCAAGCAAACCAACCCGAUCCAAGACUUUUUCUCGAGUAAGGAACAAGAAGCGCACGAGCAACCAGCACACCAAGAAGGAAUUCACAAGGGGGCAGCGGCGUUGUUCUACUACCAGGCAAUCAAAUCAUUCAAUCGAAGAGGCAUUCCGCGAUGGCAAAAGAAACAAUCCAUAAAUUGUUCGGCAGCGGCGGGAUGAGGCACAUGUGCUGGAUGCUCCUGUCCGUGCUCUUGUUCGCCGCGAAGCUGGCACCCGUCCACGCGGACAUCGAUCCCGGUUCCGAUUUCGGCGGAUGGAUGGACGCAAUGGCGAGUAUCGAAGAGGAAGAGAGGCGCUACGAAGAAAAGCUGCGAGAGCACGAGGUCUGGAAGCAGAACACCUGGAGCGGCCUCGCCGUCCGCAAGAUCCAGGGCAUGGCCUACCACUUCAAGCCCUUUUUCCUGGCCGUCCAGGAUGCCCUGCGGGAAACGAGCGGGAACGACUCGUCGACCACCCACGUCCUGAUGUACGUCGUCGUGCGAAUCGUUGUGGUGGUCGUGAUGAUGAUCCUUUGCUACAUCGGAGCCAAGGUCUUGCAGCUCCUGGUCGGCGGGGAUUACGAGGUCGUCGAGGAAAUCGUGGUCGUUCACGAGCACGAGACGGAAGAAGAAGCCGCCAAGGCCAGGGCCAAAACGACGCGAGGGAAAAAAACGAAGUCGUCGUAAAAAAAAACAAAGUCAUCGCCACACGACACGACACGAAACGGCACGGCACGAAACUGCAUAGACACAGACACAGAGUCAAAAAAUAAGUACUGAUAGGGACAAAAUAGCAUUUGAAUAUGGCAAAAAAGUAUCAAAGGGAAUAAUGGUUAUGGAAACCGGAAACCGAUCAUCUACUGCUAAUUGGAAACGAUAUUAAGGCGAUGAAUCUGACAAGUUUUUCAUUCUGCGAAACAACAAUUGUGGGGAGAACGGAAUUUGUUUCAUGAGUGCAACAAAAAAUAAUGGGAUUCGUCUGGUUAUCGAGCGGAUAAGUUGAGUCGUUCUUUUCAUUAGUGUUUCUAUUGGAUUCAGUGAAUACGGAGUGGAACAAAGCAUUCUUCCGAUGCCCAAAGUUGAAAUGCAUUGUGCAGCAUGAAAUCAAGUUUAUUUCUAUUGAAAAUAGAGUUACGAACUGUUA